CCGGCCGUGCCCGAAACACACGCGCGCACGCGCAACUCGACAGAGCUUACGCACGACAUCGGUGGCGCAUCGGGCGUAGCGACUAGCGAUCUGCGAAGACAAGACGCGGUGGCGGCGGUGGCGGUGGCGGCGUGCCCUAUUCCUAUAAUCUUGUUAUUGAUCGUUUAUUGUUGCGCGUUUGUUGUGACCGACACCGCUCCUAGCAACGGGAGAGAAGCCGUAGCCAUAGUCACCAUGAACGCCUUUUUCCGUCAACAAUUCAGGUGAACGACUAAAACGAACAAAAAACAAAUAUAAUAAUAAAUAAACAAAAAAAAAUGCAUUUAUGUUUGGUUAGUCCGUUGUACACACACACGACGUUUACGACCAACAGAACAUAACUGACGUUAAACAGCCAAAAAAAUAUCGUUUCCGUCCCAACAACAAAACCAAUAGUAACCGUUGUGUGUGUGUGCGCGCGUGUGUGUGUGUGUUUGUGUGUACACUUGUAUACGUUCUUGUAUGUGUAUGCAUGUGUGUAUGUGUAUAUUCGCAGGUAUACAUCACUGACGUUCCAUCCCGAUCGAAACCUAUGAAGAAACGCUUCUGUGAGAGUCGUCCGAAAAUCGAACAAUAAUUCCAUGGCGACUUCAGUAAGGAGUGGUAUCAAAUUAGAAGGGUCAGCAGGUACUGGUUCCCAAAUUAGUACUAUAACUGUUGUAACGGCUGGUGGUGUUGGUCAAACUCUUGUUGUACAACCAGUACAACAAACUUCCGUGGUGCGUACAUCCAUUGACCAGAAUGUCAGUAGUAAUAGACAACUUGAAAAUGCUAUACUGUGUGGAACUAGUCCAGUUCAUGAUGAUGGAUCUGAUAAAUCAAUGGAUGACGAUGAACACCUAGAUCAUAAAGAUAGGAUUUCUUCUACAGUUACUGUUGAUAAUGGUCAUUAUAUUGUGGCAGCAUCUGGGACUCAAGGACGAUCUUAUACUUCCCUUACACCAGUACCAACAUUGGUUCCAGAAGCCGAGUCUGUUGGUUCUGACGAUGUUGGCCAUUCUACUUAUGUACAAUAUGUUGAAGGAACUGGUGAACAAGCAAUUUUCACAAAUGGUCAAAUGGCAUACCCAGUUUAUACUGUGGGAGAGAGUGGAACAAUGUAUCAGACUGGUCAAACCCAUUAUUACACUCCAAGCACAAAUUCUUAUUCUCAAGUUACAAACACCUUAGGCCAACCAACAUGUCAGGCACAAAUUAUUGGUAAUGGGACCUAUAUUAUACAACAGAAUGUUGACAAUGAUCAUACUAUUAUUGCUACUGCUCAAAGAGACAGCCCAAAUUCCGCUAUAUCUUCGGAUGUGUCAUAUCUUACAGUAAACGCUACUGAAUCUGGCACAACAAACACAAAUAUAGAUCAACUGAAUGGUGUCGAAUCAGAUGGAGGAAUGCAAAAUUCCGGUCUUAUGCAUGCAAAUAGAAUUUCUCCUGCAACUGUCAACUGGCUGAUGGAAAAUUAUGAAAUGGCUGAAGGAGUGUCGUUACCUCGAUCAACAUUAUAUAAUCAUUAUUUAACACAUUGCUCGGAAACUAAAAUUGAUCCUGUAAAUGCAGCGUCAUUUGGUAAACUUAUCCGAUCUGUGUUUAUGGGAUUACGUACAAGGCGUCUAGGAACUCGUGGAAAUUCCAAGUAUCAUUAUUAUGGUAUUAGAAUUAAGGCUAGUUCAUUAUUAAAUGACUUUUCCUCAGAAGAAAACCUACCAGGGCGAACAAAUCAAAGUAGUAGUUCGAAAAAAAUUAAGUUUAUUAAAACUGAAGAGCGAAACAGCAAUCAAUACACCACUAACAGUUCAGAUUCUGCUAAUUGUUCACAAAACAGUAUUCCAUCUUCUCCUCAAGCACAAAAUCAAGAAUAUUUAGGUGAUGGUGCUAAUGCUGUACCAGAAUUUCCUGAUAUUAUAUUGGAUGAAAUACAACUGGAUGAUAAUUGUACUUUAGAAGAUGUAGAUACAUUCAAAAAUUUAUACCGUGAACAUUAUGAAGCAUUUUUAGGUGCUAUAUUGAACUUAGAAUUUGGUACUGUUGAGUCACUUUGGCGUGAAUUUUGGCGUAGUCAAGAUAAUAAUAAUGACGAAUGUGAAGAAGAAAAAUAUUUAUCUAAAGAAAAAUUAUAUUCAUUAUCAAAGUGCAAAACAUUGCAACUGUUUGUGAAAACUGUUGAUUUUCUAUUUUAUCAAAACUUGGUGAAAGUUUUAAUUCCCGAUGUUCUUCGACCUGUUCCUGGAACAUUAACACAAGCCAUUAGAAAUUUUUCCAAAGGCUUAGAGUCAUGGCUUAUAUCUGCAAUGCAAGGGUGCCCAGAAGAAAUGAUCUCAAUAAAAGUGACUGCUGUUAGCGCCUUUGCACAAACCUUACGCAGAUACACUUCGCUUAAUCAUCUUGCCCAAGCUGCGAGAGCUGUGCUUCAGAAUUAUACUCAAAUCAAUCAAAUGCUUACUGAUUUGAAUCGUGUGGACUUCCGUAAUGUCCAAGAACAAGCUUCUUGGGUAUGUCAAUGUGACUCGACAUUAGUUCAACAAUUGGAAGCGGAUUUUAAGCAUACAUUACAACAACAAAAUUCUUUAGAAGAAUGGGCAACAUGGUUAAAAAGUGUUGUUGAUAAUUGUUUAAAACAAUAUCGUGAUACACCUAAUUUCACGAAAGAAGCUAGACAGUUUUUAUUAAAAUGGUCAUUUUAUAGUUCAAUGGUAAUACGCGAUUUGACUUUACGUUCAGCUGCUAGUUUUGGUUCGUUUCACCUAAUACGCCUACUCUAUGAUGAGUACAUGUUCUAUUUAAUUGAACAUGAAGUGGCUCUAGUCACAGGAGAAACACCAAUUGCAGUAAUGGGUUCAGGAGAUAAAACUAUACCCACUACAGUUCUGAUUGAUUAUGACUCUACUGAGUAUACCACUAAUUGCAAUGGAAAACGCAUGAAAAUGAACUAGUCGCCAUGCCAUAUUAUAUUUCAUUUUUGGGCACAUAUUCACAUAAAAUUAUAGUUAUUGUUUGAACCGAUUUUUUUUUUUUUUUGUUAUUGUGCGCACUGCAAUUUUUAUUUUUAUUUAUACUUACCUA